UGCUUCCUGCCUGCCUGCCUCGCUCGCUCGCUCAGUGAGAGAGAGAGAGACAUCGAGAGAAAAUCCCUGUCUAGGCAUGGACCUCCGGCUGCAGCAGUCGGCAGCUCGAGAGGAAUGACAACAGCUCACAUGGUCAUUAACUCCAGUCGCUGAGGCUGAGGGGAGAGCAGCGCUGUAAAGCCAAGUGUCACAGCAGCGCCGGGUGUUUCUAUGAUUGGGGCAGCAGACAAGACAGCAGAGCCACGGGACACGAGUAAAACGAGAUCACAGACAGAAAGUGCCUUGUGAGACUGCAGCUCUACUUGAAGAUUACCGGGCUCUUCUUCAGAUUUUUCCCUCUUCAGUCGUGACAGGACGUCGCUCAGCUGCAAACUCCUGCGCUCAGUUUGAAGAAAAAGGUGGAGCUGCUGCACUGCUGGCUUAAGUGCCAAAGCGCAUCAAGAGAAGGUACUGAAGAUUUGUUGUCCUACAUUGUGCCAUUGCACCUCAAAAUAGCCCCACAGCCGACCUUGCACAGAUACCAUCACUCAUAAAAAGGACAUUUGAAGACAUUGCUACAAACAAAAGCGUUUGGCUCCAAGAAUGCCCCCUCUGCCUUGUCAGAGGUUGUCUCCUGAGACUCACUGAUUGAUGAUCAAUUAGCUUUUUUGACUGAUAAACUCCACAGCAGUCCCAUGCUCCGGUCACAUACAGUUUUUCAGUCCAUUACCUCCUCUAUCCUGUCCUCAAGGACAAACCUCAUUCACUGACCUGACGCAGAUCCUUCACAGCUACAUGUCCCAUCACUUUUAGCUGCUGUGUGUUUUUAUUUUUUUAACUGGGACACUCUAAAAAAGCCCCCCCCCUCCCCCCAGAGGAUUGUCUCCUCUUUAAAUCAAGUGGCGCCACUCCACCCCAGCUGCCGACAUGGCUCUAAACAUUGCCUCCAUACGGGACACAAAAUGGCUGACCCUGGAAGUGUGCCGGCAGUUUCAGAGAGGGACCUGUUCGCGCAGUGAUGAGGAAUGCAAAUUUGCUCACCCGCCCAAGAGCUGCCAGGUGGACAAUGGGAGAGUGAUUGCAUGCUUUGACUCGUUAAAGGGCCGCUGCACGCGAGAGAACUGCAAAUACCUUCACCCGCCCGCUCAUUUGAAGACCCAGCUGGAGAUCAACGGCAGAAACAACCUGAUCCAGCAGAAGACGGCAGCCGCCAUGUUGGCUCAACAGAUGCAGUUCAUGAUCCCUGGCACCACCAUGCAGCCUGUGCAGACGUUUCCAGUCAGCCAGGGCCUGAGCUCCAGCGCAGGUUUGAGCUACACACCUUACCUGACUCCCAUGUCCCACAGCAUGGGCCUGGUGCCCACAGACAUCCUGCCAAGCACACCCGUCAUCGUCCCUGGGAGCCCACCCGUCUCUGUGACUGCCGGCUCCUCCUCCAACCAGAAGCUGCUCCGUACAGACAAGCUGGAGGUGUGUCGUGAGUUCCAGCGGGGCAACUGUGCCCGCGGUGAGACCGACUGCCGAUUCGCCCACCCGAGUGACAGCCCCAUGAUCGACACCAGUGACAACACAGUUACCGUCUGCAUGGACUACAUCAAGAGCCGCUGCUCCCGUGAGAAGUGCAAAUACUUCCACCCGCCGGCACAUCUGCAGGCCAAGAUCAAGGCAGCCCAACACCAGGCCAACCAGACAGCUGUGGCCGCGCAAGCUGCCGCCACGGCUGCAGCCAUGACUCAAUCGACUGCCAAAGCAAUGAAGCGACCCCUCGAGGCAACUGUAGACCUGGCAUUCCCCCACGGCGUCCUCCAGCCCCUACCAAAGAGACCAGCACUUGAGAAGAGCAAUGGAGCCAGCUCCCUGUUCAACCCCAGUGUUUUGCACUACCAGCAGGCGCUGGCCAAUGCACAGCUCCAGCAGCCUGCUUUCUUUCCCACAGGGUCAGUCUUGUGCAUGACUCCUGCUAGCAGUCUUGUCCCAAUGAUGUACAGUGCUACGCCUGCUACUGUCUCUGCAGCAACAACUCCUGCCACAAGUGUCCCCUACGCAGCAACAGCACCAGCCAAUCAGAUCAUCCUGAAGUAAACAUCGGGAAGGAAACGGAGUGUCACGAAACUGCACUAGGAAACCCAAAACAGCCCCUGUGUAAAUACUACCUUACCUCUCCCAUAGAGGUCCAGCAACCUGCAUGCUAAGAGUGUAAUACUUCAAUUUAACCGUAAGAACUGCAGUGCCGGUGUAACACACAAACACACACACAGAAAAAAAGAUAUAUACUGUAUGUAUUGCUAGAAAAAACUAUUAACACGAAAAGGUCAAAAAUAUUCUUAUGUACAGAGCUACAUAACCCACUAUAGAGGUCAUUUUAACAACCCAAAGUACCGUGGAUCCCCCUCUCUUUCAUAUUUAUUCUGCUGCAUAACGUUCACCCUUUGGUAAGAAAGUAAGAAGCCUGAUUUGCACUGUAUGAACAGUAUAGUGCUUAAGGAGGAGUACAGAGUGUGACAGAAAACCCGUGCACAACAGCGCUUCUCUUUCUACAAAAUUCAAUGUCCUUGGGGCAGACAGGUUCAUGUUUUUUUAAUGCGGAUUGUCCUUUGCUCACCUGAUGCUGUUAAGACGCCAUGAUGAAGCUUUCCCCCUCUAUUCCUCUUCGCCAAUUCCAGAAACACCUUGCCAAAGCUCUAAAUAACAUAAAAAAAAACAAAACAGCCAGACUUGAUCUCAUUUCCUCCUCUUUUGCCAUUGCUAAAGCUACUCAUACACAACGAACCCUUUAUUUGUUUUUGAAAGAUUGUGCACGGAUUUUUGCAUGUUCGUCUGGGUAAGAAAGCACCCAGAAAGUCAACGCCAUUACUGAAAAUAAAAAGCCUAAAGGCUCAAGUCUGUGCCAAGGGCUUUCCAAAGCUUGAGGGUUUUGUUCCAGACAUACCAAGCCUUGUUGUGUGCGUGCAUGUGUAUUUGGAGACUGAUGGUCUGCCGGCAGACUGGGACUUGGAGCGAUGUGGUGACGACACCAGGAGAGGUUUUGGUCAGUGUCGGGGCAAGGGACUUAAGUGCUAAGACUUUUAAAAAACACGGUGCAUUUGACGAUGUUCGUCAAGCAAAAGAUGACUUGAACUUCGACUGGAGGGCUAUCUGUGACCGUCGGUUGUCCUGUCCAACCCUACUAUCACCGAUAAUCCUGUUCCAUUUUAGAAAAAAACUGUAGAAGUGCCUAAAAAAAUGCUCAUCAACAACACACACAUCCACUUAAGACACUGGUGGUCAGAAGCUGCGUGGACUUUUUUGGGGAAAGACCUCACAGAAACAGUAAAUCUUCAUGAAAACAUCACAAGUGACUUUAUCCAAAUGAAAAAGAAGUUAAAAAAAUGACAAAUCAACAAUAGCUUUGUAGAAUGUUUGGUGACUUUCACAGUGUACCAUCAUUUUCUUACCAUUGUUUUUGAGUAGUUUACAUGAGGAGUGCGAAUGAGAAAGAACAAUGUAUUGUAAACUGUGUAAUGUAUGUAAAGUGUCUCUUAUUUUGAGAGUUUUUAUUCACAGUUCUAGAAAUGUAAUCAAAGUUAUUUAAAAAGUUUGUGUUGUGUCUAUUACCAAGGUAUGUUCAAAUUCCCCUUAAUGGAAAUCCCACCACCAUCUUCAUCCAGAACAAUCCUUUUAGUUCAGAUUUUAUGAUUGUAAAGAAAGGCUGGCUACACACAAGACAUGGGAGACCACAGAUCCCCCAAGAGUUCCUACCGAUCCCUAGCUUUUUAGUCUUCUGAAUGCAACCAUUAGAUGAUUCCACAAGAUAACAAGACCACACACUUCGUAGUGGAAAUUCCUCAGACAUGAUUUCUCAUGGCUCCUGAUCCACAUGUGAAGCAUGAAGAAACUAGAACUACCCCCUGGCGGUUCUAUCUUUUCUUAAAGUUUCCAACUGCUUAUCAGUGAAAGUAUGGAUGUGGGUCAAGAAGGGCUGGGGUGGUUUCUGUGGCAUGAUUCCAAAUGACCUCAACCUUUGACCUCCAUAUCUAACCAGGUCAGUCAUGAGUAGGCAUUAGCAAAUGUGCAACCCUAACCCGCAAAAUGUUCUUUAGACACUGUAUUUACAAGCAAGGGAUGAACAUGAGGCCCAGUGACCUGUGCCUUAGACCAGUGGUUCUAAACUUGUGCAGUCUCAGGACCCACCACCACCACCCCCUAGAUGACCAAUGCAGUGUUAAU